UAAAAAAAUCUAUAAAAUUCGAGAAUUUUUCAAAAUGGUUUAGUUGAUUCGGGUUUGGACCGAAUUAUUCGUAAAAUUAGAAAAAUCUGUUCGGCCGAAUUAUUCGCGUUUAAUUCGGAGAAUUUAAUAACUAGUCACUCCACAGUACACAAGCUCUCGUCCCCUACUUCCCCGAGGCCCCGUCUGUCUUUCUUGGUUUCUCUGGUUUAGGAGACGGGGCAACAGCAGCCAAGGGAUGAGCAGAAAAUGAAGAAAGCACCGCUAGGAAGAGUCUUAGCUAUGGUCUGUCUCCACCAUGGUUCUUUCACCUGUACCUGUAGGUCGUUCUCCUCUGCAACGUCGACCUUCGCUCUGAAGAAGGUAACCAAAACCAACUUUGAUUCAGUCCUCGAAGAUCUCCGAACCCAUGUUCGAGACGCUGAUUUUGUUUCCAUCAAUCUGGAGAUGACCGGAGUCACGAGCGCUCCAUGGCGAGAAUCUUUUAAGUUCGAUAGCUACGACGUUAGGUAUCUCAAAGUGAAGGACUCUGCCGAGAAAUUUGCUGUCAUUCAGUUCGGAGUAUGCCCCUUCCUCUGGGACGCCUCCAAGGAAUCCUUCGUCGCUCAUCCGCACAAUUUCUAUGUAUUUCCUUGCAAAGAGCUUCCUUUUGAUGGCCCAUCUUUUGAGUUCCUCUGCCAGACAGGCUCAAUUGACUUCUUGGCCAAAUACCAAUUUGAUUUCAAUGCUUGCAUACAUGAAGGAAUAUCUUAUUUAUCCAGAACACAAGGGGCGGAAGUACGACAUCGCUUUGAUUUGGGAUAUGAGGAUGAACUAUCUAAUUUGGGAUGCCAGUUAAAAGAAGUCAAGUAUACACCAUUGAUUGGUACUGCAGAUGUUCCUUUCACUGAGCGGAUGAAAGAAAGAUUUAAUGACUGGCGUGAUGGGCUCUUACAAUAUGUAAAUGGGGGGCUUCAGAUUGAGGGAACAAAUGACUUGAAACAACAAUUUCAAACUGUCUUCUUCAAAAUGCGUCCGGCUCUUGUGCUAAAUGGAUUCACUUCUCACCAACUGAGAUUGAUUCAGCUGGUCAUAAGAAAAUGCUUCAAAGAUCUUGCUUAUGUCUCUGUGAAUGGUGAAGGUUCCAUUGAACAAAAACUUAUUAUUUACACGGACUCUGAGGAUGAUAAAGGCUUGCUUAUGGGAGAGGUAAAGGAUGGGUUACACAAGGAAGCAGAAAGGAAGAUUAAAGCUGCAGUUGGAUUUCACCAUGUUAUCGACCUCCUUUCCUCAGAAAGGAAGUUGGUUAUUGGUCAUAACUGCUUUUUAGAUAUCGCACACGUAUACAACAAAUUUUUUGGUCCACCAGAUGUGAAAGAAUUGGUAUCCUCCUUCCAUGAAAAGUUCCCAUACGUCAUUGACACAAAGCACCUCUUGAGGACGGACAGUGCAAUUAAGAAUUUGAUGAAGCAGCAAAACACAUCACUGUCUUCAGCCUUUGACCAUUUGUGUCCUCAGAUUGCUUUUGCUACCAAGGGUUCUGCUUUGCCUCGUCUCUCCUAUGUGAAGGUUGAGGUUCAAGUGGAUGACUUGAGGUCCUCUAGCUGGAACUCAGGAGCCAAGCAUGAAGCAGGUUAUGAUGCUUUUAUGACUGGAUGCGUUUUUGCUCAGGCAUGCAGUCAUUUAGGUAUUGAUUUCAAACUCCACUCCCCAUCAACAGUCUUGGCUCGGAAUAAGAAGCUCCAGAAGCACAUGAACCUUCUAUACCUCAGCUGGAAUACUGGAGACAUUAUCAAUUUUAGCAGUGGGAAGGUGACUCCAGAGUCUACUGGUUCCCAUGUCAAUAAAAUUCGAAAUCCAAAGGUGAUUUUCCAAAAUAUUGUUUUGCUUUGGGGAUUCCCCUCCAAGCUGAAGCCCCGAGAGUUCAGAGAGUGCGUCUCUAAAGUCUUUGGCUCAGAGUCUCUUACCUCCAUUUACUACCUGGAUAAAACUUCAGCAUUCAUCCAAUUCAGCAAGGAAGAAUUUGUGACUGCUUUCCUUGUGUUGAAGGAAAAACUAGCAAGAAGUAAUGAUCAGACCUCAGUCCUGCACCCUCUCUCCAAAUUAUUAGAAGGUGAGCAUACACAUGCUGCCAAGUAUGAUGUUUACAAAGAGAUUUGCAGCUCCGCUAUCUCCAGAAUCUUAUUUGCAGAUCAAGCCAACUCAGUAGGUAUUGUAUCCAACUCCAAAUUCCUGGAAUUGAAGGAAGAAUCAGAUACCCGAGAACAGGAUAGUUUUAGUGGGGAGACUAAGGAUGUGUUAAAUGAUCCAUCAUAUCGCCAUUUCUCAUCUGAUGAAAGGAGGGAUGCCUUGCAUAUUGUGAAGUCUCAGCUUGGGAAGCGGACUCGGAUUGAAAUUCUUGAAUUCUCAUUGAGCGUAUGCGGCCUUUUUACCAUCACUCAUCACUGGUACAUGUGUUAUAUGGCUUAACCGUUCAUUUGCCGUCGGCCUCUUUAUUGUCAAUUGUAAAAGAGUCUUGAGACAACAGUAAAAUGAUCCCAAGGGUUGGGUCCA